AUGUGUGUCGGUGAAGAUGCGAGGGCAAACAACGAAGUGGUACCGACGGUGAAGGACGACGACGCGGCACCGGGGGCGGAAGACGACGUGUCCGGGCGAAACGACGACCGCAUGCUCACGCUGGGCUUACGGCUGACGCACGCGUCGGCGAAUGUCCCGAGUCUGGAGCACUUGAUGACGUAUCACGAGAUAGAGGUACGUGCGGAUGGGAGCGACACCGCCGCCGACGUCAAGCGCAAGCUCAGCGAGAAGGCGCAUCUUCCUGCCCACGAGCUCUGUUUGCGUUGGUUCGAUGCCAUCAUCGGUCGCUCACACCAAGGCGAGGACGUGAGCGUGGACGAGCGCGACAGCUUGGCCAAGCAUAACGUCACGUCUUGGAUUGAAAAGUUCCCGCACUGGCGCGCAACACUCACGCUUCUCGAAGACGCGCCAAAGGAUGAGUUCGAGUCUAUUCAUACCGCGACCGCGAUUCACAAAAACGUCAAAGAUGUCAAGGGAUACGUCGAUUCCCUUCGCGGCACCGAGGAGUGGGACAAGCUCAUCGAGUAA